UAAAAAAAAUGGUUCAAAUUCACAAUAUAAUAAAAAUGGAUAACUUUACGCUAAUUGUUGUGAUGCUUUGUACAAUAUUUGAUAAGGCUAUUACGUUACACAAUGUUCGAGUGGAAAUUCCGAGAGCUGUUGAACGAGGCGAGGACGCUCAAUUUAUCUGUCAUUACAGUUUAGAUGCCACACAACAGCUGUAUUCCGUGAAAUGGUACAAAGGUCGCAGAGAAUUUUAUCGUUUUACACCCAACGAGAUACCGCCAAUGAAAACUUUUUCCGUAACAGGAAUUUCGGUUUUUAGAUCCGUAUCAAAUGCAACUCAUCUAACGUUGAGAGCUGUUGAGCCGACAAUAUCUGGCAAAUACUCAUGUGAAGUGUCAGCUGAUGCACCCAGUUUCGAUACGAUGUUAGUCACAGGCGAAAUGGAUGUUGUGGAACUGCCAAGGACAAAGCCGAAAAUAGCUGACAUAAAUAACACAAAAUAUAGGGUAGGAGAUGCAGUGUACGGAAAUUGCACAUCGUAUAAUUCGAAACCGGCAGCAAAUUUAACAUGGCUCAUCAAUAAUGUAACGAUUGGACCCGGAUCUGUUCAAACAGAUAUUAUUGUGAAUGAGACAACCAAGUUGGAGACAAUUACAGUUGGACUAUUUGUUCAUUUGCAACGAGAACACUUUACGCGAGGCAAGGCAAAGAUACAAUGCGUCGCAAAAAUAUUUGAUGCCUAUAUGCAAAGCGAUGAACGGGUGAUUGAAGAAGAUAGGGGCGAUAUGUCUAAUAUGAUUGAUUUAUAUGGACCUAUUGGCGCAUCAUUGUACGAUAGCGACACAAAGGAUGCUUAUAUGACACAUUUUACAUCAACAGCUUCCAUGAGUACGACAACAAAUAUAUUAAUCACAUUCAUUAUGUGCUUCAUGAGUUGCUUGAGCAUCUCAACGAGAAGAAAUAUGUCGUUUUUGCAACUAUCACACUUGAUGACAACAAGAACAAUUAAAGACAGUUAGUUUUAUAGAUAGAACAGUGAAAAGUAAGCAUUUAAUUUAAUUAAACCAUCCCGAGAAUUUGUUGAAUCUAUAAUAAAUUGAG